AUGGAUGAUGACGACCUGGCCACUCCUCCUACCCACGGUAUCUCCACCGGAUCUACGAGCGGUGAGCGGGAUGUCGCCUGGAAGUCGUCGUCGGGCACCGAAGAGGUGGUGGCGGCGUCCGUGGUCUUCCGCCUCGAGCACGGCUUAGCAAAAUCACUUAAAACUCUUGUUGAUGCUGAAGCAGCAAAUGCAGGUGCUUUGAAUGCAAUCCAGACUGCAUAUUCCAAGGAACUUGAGGCUCAAAGGCAGACUACUGAAAGAGGGGAAAAUUUGUUCAAUGUCUUACAAAAGUAUACUGAGUUUACCCAUGGUGAAAUUGUGAAGGCUGCUCUUAUCAUAGGCCAAAAUGAAGCAAAGUUGAACUUGUUCUUUACCACUCCAGAGGAGUUCAGGUCCCAGUUUAUUCGUGAGGCACUUGAGGUGGCAUGGCGGAUAGCCUUGUUAAAAGAUCCUGUUUGUGGUAGUGCACACUGUGUUUUAGCACCCUACUGGGCUCGCAAGCUAGGGAAACAAAAGCUGACGGCAUUUCAAGUAUCUCCACGGAGCGGGACACUAUACCUGGAGUUGGAAGCUGCAGCCAGGAGAGUGCGGAUUCAGGGAGAGUCUGUCACUGUGAUGACUGGUACCCUCCUAGCCUAG